AUGAAAGGCUUCCUUAGCCUAACACUGCUCCCGUUGCUGGCAGCGGCCUCACCCAUGGUGGUAGGCUCCAUCCACAAUGAGGCAGCUCCCAUCCUCUCUUCUAUGAACGCAGAGGCAAUCCCUGAUUCCUAUAUCAUUGUUUUCAAGAAGCACGUUGAUCAGAGCUCUGCUUCAAACCACCACAGCUGGGUGCAGGACAUUCACACCGCCCAGAACGGUCGGAUGGAGCUGAAGAAGCGCUCUCUCUUCGGCUUCGACUUUGAGGCCUACACUGGCGUCAAGCACACUUUCCACGUCGCUGGAUCUCUCAUGGGAUAUGCUGGUCACUUCCAUGAGGAUGUCAUCGAGCAGGUCCGCCGUCAUCCUGAUGUCGAAUAUAUCGAGAAGGACUCUGAGGUCCGUACCAUGAGCGAGGGCUCCGUUGAGAAGAACGCUCCAUGGGGUCUUGCCCGUAUCUCUCACCGUGACAGCCUCUCUUUCGGCAACUUCAACAAGUAUCUGUAUGCCGAGGAGGGUGGCGAGGGUGUCGAUGCUUACGUGAUCGAUACUGGUACCAACGUGGAGCACGUUGACUUCGAGGGUCGUGCCAACUGGGGCAAGACUAUCCCCCAGAAUGACGAAGAUGAGGAUGGCAACGGCCACGGAACCCACUGCUCCGGUACCAUUGCCGGUAAGAAGUACGGUGUUGCCAAGAAGGCCAACGUCUACGCCGUCAAGGUCCUCCGCUCCAACGGCUCUGGCACUAUGUCUGAUGUCGUGAAGGGUGUUGAGUGGGCUGUUGAGGCUCACAUCAAGAAGUCCAAGAAGGGUGACAAGAAGUUCAAGGGUAGCGUUGCCAACAUGUCUCUUGGUGGUGGCAGCUCCCGUACUCUCGACCUCGCUGUCAACGCUGCCGUUGACGCCGGCAUUCACUUCGCCGUCGCUGCCGGUAACGACAACGCUGAUGCUUGCAACUACUCCCCCGCUGCUGCCCAGAAGGCUGUUACUGUUGGCGCCUCCACCCUGGGUGAUGAGCGUGCUUACUUUUCCAACUAUGGCAAGUGCACUGACAUCUUCGCUCCCGGUCUGAACAUUCUGUCCACCUGGACCGGCAGCAAAUACGCCACCAACACCAUCUCCGGAACCUCCAUGGCUUCCCCUCACAUCGCCGGUCUGCUGGCCUACUACGUCUCCCUGGCACCUGCCAAGGACUCUGCCUUUGCCGUCGCCGAUGUGACCCCUAAGCAGCUCAAGGAUGCGCUCAUCAACAUCGCCACCAAGGAUACUCUUACCGAUAUUCCUGCCGACACUCCUAACCUUCUGGCCUGGAACGGUGGUGGUUCCUCCAACUACACCCAGAUUCUUGCCGGCGGUGGCUACAAGGCCGGUCCCAGUGUCGAAGACUCUGUUAAGGACCGUGUCGGCAGCAUCAUUGAGGACGCUGAGAAGGCUUUCCACCGGGAGCUCGGUGCUAUCUACAGCGAGAUCAAGGAUGCUGUUUCUGCAUAG